AUGAAAUGGCUCAAUAUUAAAAAUGUAGAAACAGCAAUUUUAAAGAUAAUAAUCAUUAUUUUAUAUAUUUUUUUAAAUUGUGAAAAAAUAAAUUGUAAAAGAAUAGGAAGCCUAUCCAGCCUUAACUAUAAUUCCAAAAACCUUUUUAAUAUAUAUAGUGUAAUAAGCAAAGAUGUUGAUAUAAAAAAUAAAAAUAAAUAUAUCCAAACAACCAAAGAUGGAAUAAAUAUAUAUGAAAAGGAUAAUAAAAAAUCAAAGGUAUAUUUUCUGCCUUUAGUUUUGGAAAAAUAUGAAAAGGAACAAAAUGCCCAAACAAAAAACCAAACAACUACACCGAUGCAACAAAAUAAUAAAUCCAUGAAUAAUGAAAAAGAAAAUAUAAGUAACAAAAUUACUGAAAAAAAUGAUGAAACUCAGACGAAAAAUACUGAAUAUGCAACUAGCCAGAUUGGUUCUUCUAAUAAAGAAACCGCAUUUGAAUAUCUGGAAAAUAAUUUAAUAAAUGUAAAAAAAGAAAUAACAAAAAUAACAUCCUAUAUAAACGAUUCAGACCUUUUAAUAGUUCCAAUCAAUUAUAACGAUAUAUUAAAUGAACAUAUAUUUGAUAUUAAACCAUUUAAUAAUUUUGUCAAUUCACUAAGUACAAUAUUUAUUUUAAAUGAACAGCCAAAAAAUAAUAAUUAUAAUGUCAUAUUUUUAAUACACAAUUAUAAUAAUGAAAAUGGUAAUGAGGAAAAAAUCGAAAUUAUGAAAAUUUUUAGAAUGUUUUUAAAAAAUCAUUGGAAAGAAAAAUAUGAAAUAUAUAUUAAAGAUUUUUUUUUUUUUCAAAAUAAUAAUAUUAUUGAUAUAGACAAAAUAGGAAAAAGUAUAACUCCAGAAAGUGUGCAUAUAAUAAAACGUGAUAAAAAAGAUAGUCUUAUUGAUAUUAAAAAUUCAAAGGAACAAAACCAUUUUUUUAAAACUUAUAAUCCCAAUAUCCUUAGAAAUAUAUCAAAAAAAAACUAUUUUUUGUAUAAUUUUUUUUCAAAUUUAAAACAUGAUAUACUACAAGAAUAUUUAAAAAUAUCCAAUAGUCUUAAAUUAGAUAUUUCCUCACUCAAUAAUAUUGGAAAAUUAGACAUUAAAAAAUCAAUUGGUAAAAUUGAAGAAUUACUAAAAAUAUUUGAAAAUUUUCAAAUAAAUAAAAACCUCAUAAAUAAUUCAAAUGGUUUUACCCAACUUAAAAAAAAACAAUAUUCUUAUUUACUCGGAAUAAUUUUAACUGACUUAUUAGAAAGAUAUGAAUACAAUCUUGAACAAAUUAGAAAUUAUUUAUACCAUAUUUAUAAAGAAAAUAUUAAAAAAAUUAAAAUAACUUCCAACAUAAUAUAUGAUUUAAAAAGAGAAAUGAAUUCAAUCGACAAUUUAUUUGAAUAUUACAAUUCUAAGAUAUCAUUUUUACAUUAUUUUAAAAUUAAAGCAAAUAAUUUUGAAAAUAAAGCUAAUUGCAUAUACAAAUACAAUAAACUUAAACUUUUACAAAUAUUAAAUGAAACAACAAGUGAUAUUAUUAAUUAUUAUAUUUCUAAAGGUUUAUAUGUUCGUGAUUAUUAUUUUAAUUCGUUAAUAUUUUCAAAGAAAUUUACAUUCCUUAAUUAUUUACUCGAAUAUAUUACUAGACAUUUCAAAAAUAAAAUUAACAUUAAUUUUAAUUACCUCUCCCCAAAUGCUUUUGGAUUCUCAUCAUACAAGGACGAUAUAUCAAUAUCACCAAAAAAGGAUGUUAUGAUUACUUCAAGCGAAAUAAAUCAAGUAGAAAAAAUAAAUAUUCCUUCGAGCCCUUACUCCAAAAUGUUAUUGUCGUUAGAAAAAAAAUAA